AUGCCAACAACCCCUGAAGACCCUGGCCAAAGGAAGACAAGGAGACGCCACCAGAAAUCAAGAAACGGGUGUUUCGAGUGCAAACGGCGAAGGAUAAAGUGUGACGAGGAAAAGCCGGCCUGUGUACGGUGUGUCUCUGGGUUCUACAAAUGUAUCUACCCAUCGACAUUCACACCAGCCAAAAAGAACCAAAGAGAUGAACUGUCCGUACCAAGCUCAGCCCAGGGCACGCUGUCCCCUUCACCAAGCGGUUCAUCAUAUCUAGAGCGAUCGCCGUCAAUACGUUCAAGCACUGAAGCAAGCAUCGUUCAUGUCACGGAUACCCCAGGCGAACUGUCUGACACUGACUUGUAUCACCAUUACCUGCAGCAUACAAGCCGGACCUUGACAUACAGCAAGCAAGACCAAAGUGCGCUGCAAAUCGGCAUACCAACAUUGGCCCUGCAGAGCAAAACUGUUUUUCACUCCGUCCUAGCGGCGUCUGCAGCCUGUCUAGCGUGUGAUAUGAUAUCCAAGGCACCGUCUCCGGAGGCGAACGCAGUCAAACAGGUCCUAGUAACAGGUUACCGACAUUAUCACUCAGCAAGUGAACGAAUGAGAGAAUCAAUGUCCUCGCUAGAUACAUUGAAACUGGAACCGCUGCUAGCAAGUGCUUUGAUGCUGGUGCCUUUUGCUACUGCAAGCCAACAGAUAAAUCACUGGCUAUCAGAAAAGGGGGGAGUAGAGGAACCUCAAAAGCCCCUUUCAUCUACGCCGAGAGAUAUAAUAGUUAUUAUGCGAGGCAUAAGGGCUACCCUCCAAACCCUGGACUGUGAUAGCUUGGGGCCAGGGAUUGUACCGUCUCCAGUAACUGACCCAGGGAUUGAUGAUAAUUCUACACUUUCCGAGACCAAUGCCAGGGCAGCAGCUCCAACUACACCAUGCAGCCAUACGAUGGCUCCAAUAAUCGCAUCUACCAGCGAAGAAGCGUAUUCGAGACUGCAGGGACGUUUGGAUUACGCAUUUUAUCACUGUAAUGAUACCAAUGGUACAAUAGCUGCCUGUGGUGCGGCCUUCGACAUAUUGAAGGACAUCAGGAACAAUGCCUUUUCCUCCCGCAACUCAUCACAACCUUUGUCGUCUUCACUUUCACCACCUGUCGACACUUCUGAAGACCUUUUUGAACCCCAGGCUAUGUCCCUAUCACAAGUUGCCUCAUGGCUCCGAUCAUUCGCAAACCGGUCUGUGGCUCCACAGCCAACAGAGCCAUUGACAAGAUGCUUCCUUACAUUCCUUGUUCAGGUCCCUCAGACAUAUCUAGACCUUGUUCUUCCGCUCCUUGACAAGAGGCUUGAGAGCCCUGUUAGCACGGAGUCAGAUGAUAGUUUGACGGACUUGACGAUGGAGCAGGCUCUUGCGCUGGACAUCUAUGCCCACUGGUCUGUCCUUAUGUUUUUAGUAGAGGAGGAAUCAUGGUGGAUAGGGAACUUACCGUUUGUGACACUUUCUGGAAUGGUGAAUAGAUAUGGCAAUAAUUUUGUGACUAGGCUAUGGUCUGAAGAAGGAAGCUGGCAGUGGUGGCCAGGGGGCAUGUUGAAUAUACUGCGAGAGGUUAAGCGGUACCGAUAA